AGUUUUUAUAUUUGAUGAUAGAUAUCUCGCCAAAACAUGGAAUUUUGGAUUUUAGAGAACUUCAAAGUUUAGAUUAAAAUUUUAAAUAGAAAGUGUAUAAGAUUUGAGAAAUAAAUUAUUAAAUUUAGGAAGUAAUUUAAUAGUAAGAAAAGGUAUAACUGAACAAGAAAUACUAAAAUUAGUUGAUAGUUUUUAAAUAAAUUCUAUAUAUUAUUAAGAUGAAAUAUGUUAUGAAGAAAAAUAAAUAGAAUAAAAUCUUAUUUAAAAUUUACAAAAAUUAGGAAUUAAAGAAUUUUAAAAGUUUUGGGGAUAAACGUUAAUACAUAAAGAUGAUUUACCUUUUGAUUGCAAAGAUUUGCCGGACUUAUAUACCAAUUUUAGAAAAUAAGUUGAAUAAUAGUCUGAAAUUAGAAAAUGUUUUUAGGUUCCUGGAAAUUUGCCUUCUAUUCCUUAGGAAUUACUUGAUUAAAUUGAUUAAAGUAUUUCUAAUUAUAAUAUUUUUUUAUUUUUUUUAGAAGAAGGUUAAAUACCGACUUUAAAAUAACUUGAAAUAGAAGACUUUGAAUACGAUUAAAGAGGAGUUUUAUAAUUUAAAGGUGGUGAAACUGAAGGUAUGAAUAGAGUUUAAUAAUAUAUAUGGGAAUAAGACCUUUUAAAAAAUUAUAAAAAUACAAGAAAUGGUAUGGUUGGAGCAGAUUAUUCAAGUAAAUUUUCUAUUUGGUUAGCGAAUGGAUGCAUAUCUCCAAGAUAUAUAUAUUAAGAAGUUAAAAAAUACGAAAAAGAAAGGAUAAAGAACGAUUCUACUUAUUGGAUAAUAUUUGAAUUAUUAUGGAGAGACUAUUUUAAAUUUGUUGCAAUAAAAUAUAAAAAUAAACUAUUUUAUAAAAAUGGAAUAUAAGGAUUAGAUAUUAAUUGGAAUCAAGAAAUAAACUAUUUUGAAUUAUGGAAAAAUGGAAAAACUGGAUAUCCGCUUGUAGAUGCAAAUAUGAGAGAGUUAAAUUCUACAGGUUUUAUGUCUAAUAGAGGAAGAUAAAAUGUUGCUAGUUUUUUGAAUAAAAAUAUGUGGGUUGAUUGGAGAAUGGGUGCUGAAUAUUUCGAAAGUAUAUUAUUAGAUUAUGAUCCUGAAUCUAAUUAUGGAAAUUGGUAAUAUUCAGCAGGUAUAGGAAAUGAUGGUAGAUAAUUUAGAGUUUUUAAUAUUACGAAAUAAUCUAAUGAUUAUGAUCCGGAAGGAAUUUAUAUUAAACUUUGGAUUCCAGAAUUAAAAAAUGUACCUAAAAAUAAAUUAUUUGAACCUUGGAAACUUAAUAAAGAAGAAUAAAAAGAAUAUGGAGUAAUAAUUGGAAAAGAUUAUCCAGAACCAAUAUUAGAUUAUUUUGAAACUAUGUCUUGUUCAUUUUCUGGAGAAUUUAAAGCAUUAGAAAAAUCUUUUAUAGAUGAAUUAAGUGAGCAUUUGAGCCCAAUUCCAUUAGCAUCAAAUGCUUAUAUAUAUAAAUACACACAAGGACAUAAAUUAAUAGAUUUACCUCGAGGGGGUUAUAUAAUAAAGACAUCAGUGGGAAACAUAUAAUAUGGAAUUCCUCCUGAAACUAUAAAAGAUUCAAUAACAUUAAAAUUAGAUGUACCAACAAAUUUUAUUAUUCCAAGCAAACGAUUUGAUAUAAUAGCAAAUUUAAACGUUGCAGAAUUUGAAUUUCCAGCAUAUUAUAAUUAUUUUAUUCAUAAAAAGAAAAUAAAUUUAAUUUGCGAUAUCGAAACUAAAGAAUGUAUUAGAAAUGCAUUUUAAGAAACUCUUUGCGGUCCUAUUUCUCAUGAAAAUUUAGCUGAAGAUUUCUAUUAUACAUAUCCAGUUUCUGGAUAUCCGGAUUUUAAAAAAGAACGAAAAAUUUUAUCAGGGGCUAUUCAUGAUUCUUAAUAUGAUAGUAAUGUAGAUUCUUUGCUAAGUUUUUAAGUUUUUGAAAAUAAUAAGAUUAUUUUAAAGGAAGAUGAUAAUAUAGUUGAGAUUUAAAAAUAUAGAGAGUAAAAUAGCAAUUCUUUUUAUUUUAAGUUUAUUGAUAAUGGACAAACUGUUGCUAAUAUUUUAGAUGAAUUAGAUGUUUUUUAAGGAUUUAAAGUUAAAAUUGCAGAAGAAUUUUAUAAAGUAGAUGAUGUAUGUUAGGAAUAAAAGUAAUAGACUAUAUAAUAAUAGAUAAAUCCACAAAUAAAAAAAAUAACUGAUAUUGUUUAAAGUAGCUCAUUAGAAAAAAGAGGAAGCAAAUUUAAUAUUCCUAUAAAUAUUGAAGCACGUAAUACUUUUCGACCUCCUGAUUUCGGAGUUACUGUGUUAGGAAAUUCACAUGGAUUUGAUCCUUGUGGACACACUACAGGAUUUGUAUUAUGGAUUUACGGGAAAGGAAUAAUGGUAGAUCCUCCUCCUUUUUCAAAUGAUUACUUAAAAAAUAUGAAUAUUAUGCCAUAAACAAUAUCUGCAGUAAUAAUAACACAUUGUCAUGCUGAUCAUGAUUCAGGUGCUUUUGAAAAAAUCCUUCUUUAAAGCAAAAUUGAAGUAAUAACAACAAGAACAAUAAUGAAUUCAUUUGUAAGAAAAUAUUCUAAUAUAACAGCAAUGAGUGAGGAAAAAAUAAAAAAAUUAUUUGUAUUUAGACCUGUAAUAAUAGGAAGUAGUAUGAAAAUAAAUGGAGGAUUAUUUAACUUCUUUUAUUCUUUUCAUGUGAUUCCUUGUAUUGGGUUUGAUGUUGAAGUAAUGGGAAAAAGCAUUUAUUUUUCGGCUGAUACUUUCUAUGAUCCUAUUCGUCUUAAAAAAUAUUUUGAAUGGGGAUAUUUAUAAAAAGAAAGAUAUUCCUAAUUAGCACUCAUUAAUUUUGAUAAGUAUGACCUUAUUUUACAUGAAGCUGGAGUUCCUCCUAUUCAUACUCCUUUAAGUUCAUUUAAGCAUCUUUCUUAAUAAGCGAGAGAAAAUCUUUAUAUACUACAUAUUGCAGAGAAGGAUUUGAAGAAUUAAGAAGGAUUUAAAACAAUGAAAGAAGGAAUAGAGAAUACCAUAGUUAUUUAUUAGAGAAACACUAAUUAAUAAAUUGAUCAUUUAAAAACUCUUGAUUUAAUAUCUAAUAUAGAUAUUUUUAGUUCUUUAACAGUAAAGAAUGUGCGUUAUUUAUUAGAUUGUUUACAAAUAGAAAAGUAUGAUAAAGGAGAACUUAUAUUUCCUGAAAAUUCAACAGGAAAUAAAUUUUAUGUUAUAAAAUCAGGAUUAGUUAAAUGCUUUUCUAAAAGUAAUCAAAAUUUUGAAUCUUUUAUUGGGCCAGGUGAUUAUUUUGGAGAAAUAAGCUUAAUUGAUGAAAUGAAACAAAGAAAAGCAAGUGCUAAAGCUGAAAAGAAGACUACUUUAUUAAGUUUAGAAAGACAUGAUUUUUAGUUUUUAUUCUCUGAAGGAUCUAAUAUUUUAAAUAAAUUAAAAAAACUUACUUAAGCGAGGAAAUAAUUCGUUAUUGUUUAUGUUGAGAAAAAUAAUUUCCUUAAUUCUCUAGAUAAAAAUUAAAAAGUAUCAUUGGAAGCUAUUAUUAAGGAAAAAUAAGUUUAAAAAGAUGAAUGUAUUUGGAAAUAAGGAUAAAUUCCUAAUUUAGUAGUUAUUAUUAAGAGUGGUAAACUUCUAUUUAUUAAGUAAGAUAAUUUGGCUAAAAUAUGUGAUAGUGGUGAAUUUAUAGGGGAAAGUUUAUGUAUUAUAAAAAAAUAGCCUGCUGUAACUUCUUUAAAAGCAAUUAAAGAUAUUUAGUCUAAUCAAAUAAUAAUUAAUGAUGAAGAUCCUCUAGUAUGUUCAUGCUUAAUUGAAGAACCUACUACUUUGUGUUUUUGA